AUCGUCAUCCAGCAUCUUCUGUAAUAAAUUGGAUUGCACCUCAUCGAUGGUGUGUGCGCACCUUUAACAGCCAAUCUGAGAGGAAUCAGAGGACAGGCUGCAAACGCUCAGAUCCAACCGUGGUUAUACCUGUCAUUUAACCAUGGACGCAGCAGAGUUCCGUCGCCGGGGAAAGGAGAUGGUGGACUAUGUGGCGGACUACCUGGAGAACAUUGAGCACAGGCGAGUGUACCCAGACGUGGAGCCCGGGUACCUGCGCUCCAUGAUCCCCUCCGAGGCCCCGCUGGAGCCUGAGAGCUACGAGGACGUGCUCAAGGACGUCGACAGGGUCAUUAUGCCCGGGGUGACCCACUGGCAAAGCCCACACUUCCAUGCCUAUUUCCCGAGUACCACUUCUUUCCCAUCUAUUUUGGCUGACUUGCUCAGUAGCGGCAUAGGAACUGUUGGAUUCACAUGGGCUGCGAAUCCAGCAUGUAAUGAGUUGGAAACAGUGAUGUUGGACUGGCUGGGAAAGAUGCUCCAGCUUCCAGAAGACUUCCUUGCAGAGACACAGGGUCAGGGAGGUGGAGUCAUUCAGGGUACGGCUAGUGAAGCGACUCUGAUGGCGUUGCUUUCCGCUCGAUUCAAAACAGUAAAAUGUGUCCAAGAAUCCGAUCCUCAACGAUCAGAGGCUGACAUUAUUUCCAAACUGAUAGCCUACACCUCCGAAGAAGCCCACUCAUCAGUGGAGAAAGCCAGUGUCAUUGGCGGAGUGGUGAUGAGGAUGGUCCCAACAGAUGAGCACUUCUCUGUCAGAGCAGAAACCCUGGAGAAGAUGGUGGCUGAGGACAAGGCCACUGGAUUCAUACCCUUCUUUUUCUGCGCUACCCUUGGCACGACUCCCUGUUGUGCAUUUGAUAAAAUUGAUGAACUUGGGCCCAUAUGUAAUGCAGAGAAUAUCUGGAUGCAUAUUGACGCAGCCUAUGCUGGAUGUGCAUUUAUCUGCCCAGAAUUCAGGCCUUUGUUGAAUGGCGUCGAAUUUGCAGAUUCAUUUAACAUCAACCCCCACAAAUUUCUUCUAGUCAACUUUGACUGCUCGGCCAUGUGGGUAAAAAAAAGCGCAGACCUAAACAGAGCUUUCCAAAUGGAUCCAGAGUACCUGAAACAUGAAAACCAAGGGUCAGGUCUGGUUAAAGAUUAUAUGCAUUGGGUCAUUCCCCUGGGAAGGAGGUUCCGCUCACUGAAGUUGUGGUUUGUGUUCCGCAUGUACGGGCUCAGCGGCCUCCAAGCGUUCAUCCGUAAGCAUGUGGAAUUGGCCAAAACAUUUGAGAUUCUGGUGAGAGACGACAACAACUUUGAGAUCUGUGCUGAAGUAGUCAUGGGACUAGUUUGCUUCAGGCUUAAGGGUUCGGAUGAGCUGAACAAAGCCUUGCUGAAACAAAUCACCAGGACGGGGAAGAUCCACCUGGUGCCUUGCACGCUCCGCGGACGUUUCGUCCUGCGCUUCGUCGUCUGCGGGCGGACCACCGAGCUGCGCCAUAUCCAAGAGGCGUGGAAGCACAUCACCGAGCUGUCCAGCAAGCUCCUGCAGAACCUCUUUGAUCAUGAAGGAAAGGAAAACUGACCAGUCAGGAUAGGGAAUAUGACAUCAUUGUUGCCAAAAACUGGCAGAUACAUUUUCAGCCAGAACAGAACCAUAGAGAUAUAUAUUCACAGCAUUUCCCGCACAUAUAGCCAAGGUGCCUAUGCCAUUUUACCUACAUACCUUACCUUUUACCUUACCGACAGCACAUUUUACAGGAAGAUUUAGGCUAGUUGUAGGCCUACUUCUCUUCUGAGUCAGCAGUAAGCAUAUGAGGGUUUGAGAACCAGCAGUAAGGCUGCGAACAAUUUAUGGAUCAAUUUAUAUUUGCUUCAUGAUUUCAGUUGUCACCUUCAUUUUUGUUGGUGUGCGGUAAUCAACUGAACAGGCUUGGGUUGACUUUUAUAUUUACUGUGUGGCAAUUGUAAUACUUGGUCGCUUCUGUGGCGGGGUGUGUUUAGAAGGUCUGAGACUUUUAUUGAAAUUGAACACUUUGCUUUAAUUUAAAUUGAAACACUUUUUUGGGGGGCCCAGACUUGUAUGGCUAGCUACGUUUUUAUUUUCCUUUUUUCCCCCUCAAAAUUGAAAUGAAAAAAAUAAAUGUAUAUUUAUGCAUAGAUGCAAAUACCUUGCAUGACUCAGCGCCUUAAUUUUUAUUCUAUUUUAUAUUGUCACACAAAAUGUAUUGGAUUUGUACAUUCUCACCAUAUUUUCAUAUAUUGAUAAUAUUCCGUCAAAUAAUAUCUCUCAUUUGAUCUUUAAUCAACAUUUUAAUAAAAUUGUAAUAGCGCAACAAAU